AUGAUAAUAUUGGUGUUUGCGAUUGUCAUUGGCAUCGGGUUAGGUAUAGGACAGGCGCUGUCUAAGACGAUUUUUACAAAGGUCUGCGUUUUUCUGAUCUUCCUCAUAUCUGGCCUAAAGCUCGACACGAGCUCAGUAAAAGACGCCAUUCAUUACUGGCCCCACUUCAUCUUCGGCUGUGUCUUUAUUCUUCUAGUAUAUCCGUUUUUUGGCUAUCUAGUACUGCUUAUUCCCGUGACGCCCCGAGAACUGAUGAUUGGUAUUGCCUCAAUGUGCUGCAGUCCAACAGUUCUCGCUUCAUCCGCUAUUCUGGCUGACCAAUGUGGAGGAAGCUUCCCCUUAGCCUUGCUUCUCUCGGUAUCCACGAGUCUUUUAGGUGUUUUCAUCUCUCCUAUUUCCGUUUCUUUACUGUUUAAAAGCAGUAAUAUCACCGUGACCUUAGACGUAACCAGCAUUCUGCUUGAGUUACUACUAACAAUCGCUCUCCCCAUGGCGAUUGGUUAUCUCACUCAGCUGUUCUGCUCUUGGGUAGCAAAGCAGGUGAAGCGAUUCUCCUCGCUACUGAAGGUCCUGUCUUCCUUAUUUUUGUGCAUGGUCCCUUGGGUCAAAAUGAGCGAGUCUCGCGACCAGCUGCUUCAGUUGCAGUUUAUCAGCAUCGUUUACUCUCUCAUCGUGAUCAUCAUCCUUCAUUACGUGUAUCCCUCCACGGCCAUGUAA